AUGUCCGACUCUCAACAAACUGCUGUAAACAAGUAUGGCUUCAUUGUGAUGACUGACGAGGGGGCACUUUUUGGUACAUUAAGUGGAAUGACUAAGGAAAUUCUUCACCAGUUCUCUGUUGAACUCCCAAAGAACCGAUGGCCGCUAGGAAACAAGCCACCUAUGGACAGGGCUACUGCUCGUCGUGCAUGGAUCGACUACGUGAAGAAGAUAGCUGAUUUAGCUACACAAUUUUACAUCGAUCAAGACACCAGAGAGCCAAAUAUCUCAGGAUUAAUCCUCGCCGGGUAUGAGUUUCUUAUGAAAUCAUUGACUCGGGAUGGUAUGCUAAAUCCUGCUUUAGAGGCUAAAGUAUUGUGUCGUGCUGUCGUUUCUUAUGCUGAUGACUCAGGGUUCAAUCAUGCAAUUAAUCUGUCCUCGGAUUAUAUUGCCGAUGUGAAGUUUGUCCAAGAGAAGCGUUUGAUUAGGAAUUUCUUUGCCGAGGCUCUGGGUUGCAAGAGGGGUGACAAGUGGAAUUGUACCUUUGGGGUGGAACAAACACUCAAGGCAUUGGAAUUGGGAGCCGUAAAAAGACUCUAA